UAGACGUAGUUCAGUUAGUCUGAGGAUUAAAUAUUUUUUACAAUAUUUAAUAUUUAUCAAAAAUGCCUUCCAGCGACAGCGAAGAUUUUGAAAGUGCGGAUGAAGGUCAUAGCAGCCCUAACAAAAAAGAGCGCAAGAAGCGCUUAUCCUCGUCAAAUUAUAGUGAUAAUUUGGAGUUGGACCACGAACCCCAGAAACAUCAAGAUCAACAUUCAACAACAUUAAAAGAAUCAACAAAAAAACAGGCUAAACCAGAAGAUGGUUGGGAUGAUUUUGACAUUGAUGAAGAGGCAACUGAAACUGUUACUGAACAAAAAGAAAGUCAUACUUCAAAACAAGAAUCAACUGCUAAAACACAAUCAGGCUGGGACGACUUUGAUGAAUGGGGUGACAGUAAUGUCAUUGAGGAAUCUCAGGAAACAAUGAAACAUCAAAAGCGAGAAGUGCCACGCCCUGUGACAGAUCAUCCAGCUCCUCAACCCAAGAGUGAAGGAUGGGGAUGGGGUUGGGGUGUUGAUUCUCUCCUCAGUACAGCUACAGCUGGUAUCAGCAAUUUAACAACACAAGUUUCACAGGGAAUAUCAACAGUACUUGAAACAGGUAUUGGUGCCCCAGAUCCUGAAGAGCUGGCAAGGAUAUCUGUGAAAAAUAACGACAGUAAACCAAAAAGUGCUGAGAGUGAAGAGAUUGAGAACACAGAAGCAAAGUCAGAUCAGAAUGUGAACGAUGGUGCUUUUCAAUUUGGCAGCUUAUUCUCUGGUGUCACCAAGUUUGUUGAAACUACUGGUACAAAAGUAAUAGCAGGUGGACUAGAUACCCUAGAAACUAUAGGUAAGAAGACGAUGGAAGUUCUUCAAGAUGGUGAUCCAGGUCUGGCCAAGAAGAGGGCUAUGCUCGGUCUAGACUCUGGAGACAAACUCGUACUUUCUCAGGUGUUGAGGGAGGCAAAAGCUAAGGCUGAUGAAGAGGAUCUUAUGAGGGAAGCCAAGAGGGAGGCUAAAGAAGUCCAUUAUGAAACACUGUUUGAUGAUUUUGAGGGUCUAGUGCACCUGGAAGCGCUGGAGAUGCUGUCGAAGCAGGUCAGUAUGCGUAUCGACGAGCGACUGCGCAACGCAGCCCCCGACAAGCGACACGACAUCAAAGAGACACUGCAACAGGUUGCCGAACUCUGUGAAAUGCCUGAAGAAGAAGAUGAUGAAGAGGAGCAAGAAGAAAUAUCAGAAGACAUAUCCAAGCCUGAUGCAUUCCACGAACGGCUGCAACGGGCUACAAGAGACAUUGGCUUAAAAUUACAAUUUCAACCUUUAAUUAAACAGUACACAGAAAUUCUAACUUGGUUCGAAGAAACAGAAACAGAUAUAGCUGGAAAGGCAAUAUAUAAGCGAGCAGUGAGUGGCCUCGCACAAACCACGGCAUUAUGCGUGGAACUGUACCAUAAGACAGCUGAAAUGCUGCUCGUGAAGAACAGGCGUUCCACCGCUGAUGAAGCUGAUGCUCUUACGCAAAUGACAGUAGUACUGACAAGGCAUAUAAGCGAUCUAGCAACACAGUUCACAGAGAAACUGAGCGGUCAUCCAUCAGAAAGCAAGGAGCAAAUAAAUGGUUACAUCACCAAUGUAUUUUUAGAGGCUGGUAACAGUUCAAAGUAUAUAGAAAACGCAUUCCAGUUGACAUUGCCGAUAAUUCAGAUAGGUGCAGUAUGAAGAUUAUAUAAAAAUAUAUUAAUAUAAUUAUUAUGUAAUAUAUGUGAUAAAUUUAUUGUAAUUAAUAAAAAUAAAUACUUUUUAUUUUAUUUUAAAUAGUC